AGGAGACCCCCAAGUGCUCGGAGCAGUGCAAGAUAGCGGGCCGGCGCUUCAAGGAGCUCGGCGAGGCCGAGAAGGCCGAGUGGCAGGCCAAGUUCGAGCAGGCCACCGCCCAGUACGAGAGGGACAUGCAGGCGUGGCGCGAGGCGGGCGGAGAGGAGCUCGAGAAGAAGCGCAAGGCUGACGAGGAGGCAGGCAAAGCCGAGGCGAAGAAGCGCAAGGACACCAAGAAGGCCGCGCGGGAGGAGGCGAAGCGAAACAGGGCGAAGGACAGCAACGCGACAGAGACGGAGGCGAUGGGCGCGAGCCCCAGCGCCCGCGAGCCGCGGGAGGCCGAGGGCGAGGAGAGCCCCGGCAGGGAGCCGC